GCGCGAAAAGUAGAAAUAUUCCCGCGGUUUCCGAUGAUAUUUCUUUUUAUAAUAAAUCCCAUUGUCCCACCUCCUUCCAGGAAGCACCUGUGUGUCCGUGUUUAGUGUCCAGGUGUGGAGCUUGUUGUUGGUGUGUGAAGAAACUACUGACUGAAGUCCACAUGAAGAUGAUGAUGGUGGAAGAGGAGGACAGAGCAGAGUCUGCAGGAUCCAGCUGUCCGUCUGUGAGGAGUGACCGGUCCAAAAAUCGACCUCCACUCUUCAGUGCUGAACCUGGACCAACGAGAGGUCAGAGGUCACUGUCUCUAGUGUCAAGCUAUCUGUCUGUGAGGAGUGACCGGUCCAAACAUCUCCCUCCAUAUUUCAGUAAUGAAACUGGACCAAAGAGAGAGAGGAAGAGGAAGAGGAGUGGUGUUUGUGAGGAGGAGCAGCUGUCCUGCUGUGCUUUGUGUCAGGACGUCCUGAAGGAUCCAGUCACUACCAGCUGUGGACACUGGUUCUGCAGACAGUGCAUCUCCUCAUACUGGGACCAGUCUGCUUCAUCAGGAGACUCCGCCUGUCCCCAGUGUGGAGAAAGAUCCAGAUCCAGAGCUGGACUGCAGACAGCCAGUCAGAGCAGCUGUGUACAAACAGAUGUUGGUCUGCAGGAGGUUUUAGAUGAACAUAAGAUCAGUCUGAGGAGGAGAUGUGAACGUGUGACUGAAGGAAGUGAUGAAACAGGAAGUAGAACCCUCCUCAACACGAUCUACACUGAGCUCUACAUCACAGAGGGACAGAGUGAAGAGGUUCAUACCCAACAUGAGGUGAGGCAGCUGGAGACAGCUUCCAAGAUGGACGCCCUCCAUGACACUCCAAUCAGAUGCCAGGACAUCUUUAAAGCCUUCCCUGACCAACAGAGACCCAUCAGAGUGGUUCUGACCAACGGCGUGGCUGGUGUUGGAAAAACCUUCUCAGUGCAGAAGUUCACUCUGGACUGGGCAGAGGGCUUGGAGAACCAACAUGUCAGUGUGGUGGUUCUGCUUUCAUUCAGGGAGCUGAACCUGAUCAGAGAUGAGCAGUACAGUCUCCUGGAGCUGCUCCAUGUUUUCCAUCCAACAUUACAGAAGGUCACAGCAGAGAAGCUGGCUGUCUCUCAGCUUUUGUUCAUCUUUGACGGCCUGGAUGAAAGCAGACUUUCAUUGGAUUUCACCAACAGGAAGCUGCUGUCUGAUGUCACACAGAAGUCAUCAGUCAGCCAGCUGCUGACAAACCUCAUCCAGGGGAAUCUGCUUCCCUCGGCUCUCGUCUGGAUAACUUCCCGACCUGCAGCAGCCAAUCAGAUCCCUCCUACAUGUGUCGACAGGCUAACAGAAGUACGAGGCUUCACUGACGCCCAGAAGGAGGAGUACUUCAGGAGGAGAUUCAGUGAUGAAGAGCUGUCCAGCAGAAUCAUCUCCCACAUGAAGACAUCCAGGAGCCUCCACAUCAUGUGUAGUAUCCCAGUCUUCUGCUGGAUCACUGCUACAGUUCUGGAGCACAUGUUGACUACAGAGCAGAGAGGAGAGCUGCCCAAGACCCUGACUGACAUGUACUCACACUUCCUGCUGGUUCAGACAAAGAGGAAGAAGAACAAGUACCAUGAGGGACAUGAGACGAGUCCACAGGAGCUGACGGAGGCUGACAGGGAAGUUCUUCUGAAGCUGGGGAGGCUGGCGUUUGAACAUCUGGAGAAAGGAAACAUUAUGUUCUACCAAGAAGACCUGCAGCAGUGUGGUCUGGAUGUGACAGAGGCCUCGGUGUACUCAGGAGUUUGUACAGAGAUCUUCAAAAGAGAGUGUGUGAUCUUCCAGAAACCAGUCUACUGCUUUAUUCAUCUGAGCAUUCAGGAGUUUCUGGCUGCAGUCUACAUGUUCCACUGUUACACCAGCAGGAAGUCAGAGGUGCUGAAGAAGUUCCUGGGGAACGAUUAUAAUGAGUCAUCUCUGAAUGUUUUCCUGAGCAGAGUCGUGCAGAAAUCCGUCCAGAGUAAAAAUGGCCACCUGGACUUGUUUGUUCGCUUCCUUCAUGGCCUCUGUCUGGAGUCCAACCAGAGACUCUUAGUAGGUCUGCUGGGUCAGACAGAGAACAGUCCAGAAACCAUCCAGACAGUCAUCAAUAACCUGAAGAAGAUAAACAGUCAUAACAUCUCUCCUGACAGAAGCAUCAACAUCUUCCACUGUCUGAUGGAGAUGAACGACCUCUCAGUACAUCAGGAGAUCCAAGAGUUCCUGAAGUCAGAGAACAGAUCAGAGAAGAAACUCUCUGAGAUCCAGUGCUCAGCUCUGGCCUUCAUGCUGCAGAUGUCAGAGGAGGUUCUGGAUGAGUUGGAUCUGAAGAAGUACAACACAUCAUGGCAGGGACGACUGAGACUGAUUCCAGCUGUGAGGAACUGCAGAAAGGCUCGCAUGAUUCACUGUGGACUCUCAGAGACUCACUGUGAAGUUGUGACCUCAGCUCUGAAGUCCAACCCCUCCCAUCUGACAAAGCUGGACAUGAGUGGAAACAAGCUGCAGGAUUCAGCAGUGAAGCUUCUGUGUGCUGGACUGGAGAGUCCAAACUGUCGACUGGAGACUCUGAGCUUGAAGGACUGUGGUUUGUCAAAGAUCAGCUGUGAUUAUCUGGCAGCAGCGCUGAAGUCCAACCCAUCGUAUCCCAGAGUACUGGACCUGAGUGGAGACUACAACAACCUGCAGGAUUCAGGAGUGAAGCAGCUGUGUGGUUUUCUGGAGAAUCCACGAUGUCGAUUCGAAACUCUGAGUUUGGUGAGCUGUGGUUUGUCAGAGAUCAGCUGUGAUUAUCUGGCAGCAGCACUGAAGUCCAACCCCUCCCAUCUGAGAGAGCUGGACCUGAGGUACAACUACAAGCUGCAGGAUUCAGGAGUGAAGCAUCUGUGUGGUUUUCUGGAGAAUCAAACAUGUGGACUUAAAACUCUGAGAUUGAAGAACUGUUGUUUGUCAGAGAUCAGCUGUGAUUAUCUGGCAGCAGCACUGAAGUCCAACCCCUCCCAUCUAAGAGAGCUGGACCUGUGGGGAAACAAGCUGCAGGAUCCAGAUGUGAAGCAGCUGAGGGAUCUUAAGAAGCAUCCAGACUAUAGACUGGAGAUUCUGAGACUGAGUCUCUGUAACCUGUCAGAGAGAAGUUGUGAAGCUCUGUCCUCAGGUCUCAGCUCUCAGUCCUCUAAUCUGAUCAAGCUAGACCUGAGUAACAAUGACCUGCAGGAUUCAGGCGUGAAGUUUCUGUCUGAAGGACUGAAGAAUCCACACUGUAAACUGGAAACUCUCAGUCUGUCAGGCUGUCUGAUCACAGAGGAAGGUUGUACUUCUCUGGCCUCAGCUCUGGAUUCCAACCCCUCCAAUCUGAGAGAGCUGGACCUGAGCUACAAUCAUCCAGUAGACUCAGGAAUGAAGCUGCUGUCAGCUGGAUUGAAGGAUCCAGGCUGGAAACUGGACACUCUCAGGUAUGGAGAGAAUAUCUGAUAGAGGAGGAAGAGUACAUAGAUAUUUAUGUAGUGGGUCUCCAAGGAGUCUGUUUGCAGGAACAUUUAGGUCACAGGUGUACCUGAGAUAGAUCCCACUGUGUACCUAAUAAAGUGACAAAGAGGCAGACAGGAGCAGCUAACAUUUGGAAAUGGAAGCUUAAAUAAUGACAAACUCUACAUUCACAGCUGAAUUCACAAUAAAUUUGUUCUCAAGUUUACAUUUUUCUAUUAUUGUUCUCAAACAACAGAAUGAGAAUGAAAUAUUGAUUCUAACAGGGCCCAUAAACAGCAUUAGCUUAGCAGCAUUAGCUUAUCAGAGUUUCCAUCAUGGUCACACAAAUCCUUCACAAACUAAAGUGGCCUACUUAGUAUUAUCUCCUCACAUCGUUGUUACCCAACGGAAAAGAAUAUUAGUAUUAGCUACUAUCAUUUUUAAUAAGUAAGAGAAAACAGUAUUAGCAUUAUUGGAUAAUGCUAACCCACAUUAACUUAGCAUUAGCUAUUUACAACAGCGUACUUAGAAUUAGCCGCUCGCAUUGUUAAAAAGUAAGGGAAAAGAGUAUUGGCAUUCGCGCAUAAUGCUAAUUCACGUCAAAGUAGCAUUUAACAAAUUGUAUUAGCAUUAGCUGCUAAUAAUUAUUCACUCCUAAUUGGAGUUAGCCCCUAAUGGCAGCCUACUUAGCAUUAACUCCUGACAUCGUUAUAAUGCAGGGGAAAAGAGUUACCAUUAUUUGAUAAUGCUAAUUCACAUCAAAUUAGCAUUAGUUAAUAACUGUAGACUGCAUAUCAUUAUUUGCUGUCAUUCUUACAAUACAAACAGUAUGACCAUUAGCUGCUAAUGCUUUUUCAUCUAAAAUUAGAAUUAGCCACUAAUGGCAUCCUAUUUAGCAUUAACUCUUCACAUCGAAGGGGAAAAGUUAAAAUUGAAUGAAAAAAAAUGUUCAUUUUUGUUACUCAUAUUGUUAAAAGGAAGAAAAAACAUUGUUAGCAUAAGCGGAUAAUGCUAAUUCACCUCAAAUUAGCAUUAGCUAAUAACGGCAACCUGCUUAGCAUUAGCUGGUCACAUUGUUAUAAAGCAAGAAAAUAUGGUAUUGGCAUUAGCUGCCAAUUCCUAUUCACCUAAAAUUAGCAUUGGCCACUAAUGGCAGUCUACUAAACAUUAAACACUCACUAAUUUAAUGCUAAUUCACGUCAAGUUAGCACUAGCUGCUAGCAUCAGCCUACCUAGCAGUAGCUGCUCACAUUAUUAAAAGGGAAGGGGAAAGUGUUAGCAUUAUCUGAUAAUGUUAACUCACAUCAAAUUAGCAUUAGCUAGUAAUGGCAGCCUACUUAGCAUAACUCCUCACAUCAUUAUAAUGCAAGAGAAAUUAGUUAGCAUUAUUUGAUAAUGCUAAUUCACAUCAAAUUAGCAAUAUUUAGUAUUAGCUGCGUACAUUGUUAUAAAUCAAGAGAAUAUGGUAUUAGCAUUAGUUGCCAAUGCUUAUUUACCUAAAACUAGCAUUAGCCACUAAUGGUAGCCUAUUUAGCAUAAACUUCUUAAUGUUAAAUAAAGUUAAUUAAUGCUAAAUAGGCUUAACUGAAAUAAAAGUAGUGUUAGCAUUAGCUGCUGAUAUUGUUAAAAUAUAAUAAAAAGUA